GGCGAUGCGCUUCCUCCGCUGAGCGCAGCGCGGCCGAGCCCGAGCCCGAGCCGGAGCCCGAGCCCGAGCCGGAGCCGGAGCCGGCAGGAUGACGGUGGAGUUCGAGGAGUGCAUCAAGGACUCGCCCCGGUUCCGGGCAACCAUCGAUGAGGUGGAGACGGAUGUGGUGGAGAUCGAGGCCAAGCUCGACAAGCUGGUGAAGCUGUGCAGCAGCAUGCUGGAGGCUGGCAAAGUUUACAUCACCACCAACAAACAUUUCGUCAGCGGCGUCAGGGACCUGUCCCAGCAGUGCAGGAAGGACCAGAUGAUCUCGGAGUGCCUGGAUAAAUUUGGGGACAGCCUGCAGGAGAUGAUCAAUUACCACAUGGUCCACGGGGUGCGCUCAUACCCCGAGAGAGGACCCAAAUCGCCCGAUAUCAACAUGUCAAACAAGCGGCCCCCAUCCAGCCCCAACAGCGCCAAAGCGAGGCCCAAAGUGACCCAAGGAUCGCAAAGCGGUGAGAGUGCUCAACAAGCGGCCACGCAGAUGGAUUUCUCCUACGACGACCCCAAGGUGGAAUUCAACGUGGAUGCCCCCAACGGGGUGGUGAUGGAGGGUUACCUCUUCAAGAGGGCCAGCAACGCCUUCAAAACCUGGAACAGGAGGUGGUUCUCCAUCCAGAACAGCCAGCUGGUCUACCAGAAGAAGCUAAAGGACGUGCUGACCGUGGUGGUGGAGGACCUGAGGCUCUGCACGGUCAAACCCUGCGAGGACAUCGAGAGGAGGUUCUGCUUCGAGGUCGUGUCCCCCACCAAGAGCUGCAUGCUGCAGGCUGACUCGGAGAAGCUGCGCCAGGCCUGGAUCCAGGCAGUGCAAGCCAGCAUCGCCUCCGCCUACCGCGAGAGCCCCGACUGCUACUACCUCGAGAGGCUGGACAGAACAGCCUCACCCUCCACCAGCAGCAUCGACUCAGCCACGGAUUCUCGGGAGCGGGGCGGGAAGGGGGAGCCGAUCCUGCAGAGGGUGCAGAGCAUCCCCGGGAACGAGCAGUGCUGUGACUGUGGGCAGCCCGACCCGCGCUGGGCCAGCAUCAACCUGGGCAUCCUGCUCUGCAUCGAGUGCUCCGGCAUCCACAGGAGCCUGGGUGUUCACUGCUCCAAGGUGCGAUCCCUCACGCUGGAUUCCUGGGAGCCAGAGCUGCUGAAACUGAUGUGUGAGCUGGGCAACAGCACCAUGAACCAGAUUUACGAGGCACAAUGUGAGGAGCUGGGGCUGAAGAAACCAACAGCAGGGAGCUCCAGGCAGGACAAGGAGGCCUGGAUCAAGGAGAAGUACGUGGAGAAGAAGUUCCUGAAGAAGCUGCCGGGUGGGGAGGCGCUGGCCGAGGCCGAGGCCGAGCCCAAGCGGCGCCGCUGGUGCGUCAAGAAGUGCCAGAGGCACAGCAGCGGCUCCCGGGCGCCCGCGGCCCGCAGGAAAUACCGGCAGGAGCCGGGCGGCGCCUGCCCCGCCAUGCUGGGCUCAGCAGCCACCCUGGAGAGGAAAUUCCGCCGGGAUUCUCUCUUCUGCCCCGACGAGCUGGACUCCCUCUUCUCCUACUUCGACACCGGCGCCGGCUCCGGCCCUCGCAGUCUGAGCAGCGACAGCGGCCUGGGCGGGAGCACCGACGGCAGCGGCGACGCGCUCGUCUUCGGCUCCGUGGUGGACAGCGUCACCGAGGAGGAGUGCGAGGUGUCGGAUGACUCCAGCGGGGAGGCGGAGCUGGAGCAGGAGGUGUCGGACCUGGAGGAGGUUCGGGAGGUGCCGGCGGGGCUGGUUCUGUCCCGGGCCGCCCGGAGCCGCAACCUGCCCCUGCUGGCCGCGGCGCUGGCCCACGGAGCCGAUGUCAACUGGGCCAACGAGGAGGACGAGGGCAGAACCCCCCUGAUGCAGGCUGUCAGCGGGGGCUCCCUGCUGGCCUGCGAGUUCCUGCUGCAGAACGGGGCCGACGUCAACCAGCGGGACGCGCGGGGCCGGGCGCCGCUGCACCACGCCACCUACCUGGGGCACACCGGGCAGGUGUGCCUGUUCCUGAAGCGCGGGGCCACCCAGCACGCCCCGGACGGGGACGGGCAGGACCCGCUGAGCAUCGCGGUGAGCGCGGCCAACGCCGACAUCGUCACCCUGCUGCGCCUGGCGCGGAUGAACGAGGAGAUGCGGGAGGCAGAGGGGCCCCUGGGGCAGCCCGGUCAGUACCCCAGCAACAGCCCCACGGAGCUGCAGUACAGGAAAUGCAUCCAGGAGUUCAUCAGCCUCAACAUCGACGAGUGCUAGGGACAGCCCCGUGCCGGCCCGGAGCCGGGCGGGGUCCCCGCGCUGCCCCACCCUUGGAAAUUCCGUGUUUUCCCUGCUGGUUGGUCUGGUUGUGAUGCCCGCACCCUCGGGGGGUUUUUCCUUUCUGGGGUUUGAGUUCUCAUGCUUGACUACUGGAUGGUUGGGUUUUAUUUUGUUUGUUGGAGGGGUUUUUUUUUUUUUUGGAGUAGGAGCCUCCCCUCCCGGCAGGGUGUGACCCCACGGGUUGUGGCACGUGGGAAGUGUGAGAGAUGAGCUUAGAGGUUAAAAAAACGACCAAAAAAAACCAAAAAAAAAAGAAAAAAUAAUUCAAAAAGAGAAGAAAAGGAAAAACCUUCUGUGACCAGGAGAGAGGCACCGACAGCAGGAGCAGCCACAGCCAUCCCUGAGGAACGGGCUUGGAAUUCUGGCAGGAAUUGUGGCUGGAGCCUGCUCUGCCCUGGCAGGACCCUGAGGGACCCUCCAGGCUGGUUUGGGGACAGGGGUGCUCCGGAGGCCCAGUGGGAUUGGACCAGGAUCAGGAUUGGAACCAGGACUGGGAUCAGGAUUGGAUCAGGAUCAGGACUGGGAUCAGGAUUGGGAUCAGGAUUGGGAUCAGGAUCAGGACUGGGAUCAGCAUUGGAUCAGGAUCAGGACUGGGAUCAGGAUUGGAUCAGGAUCAGGAUUGGAUCAGGAUCAGGACUGGGAUCAGCAUUGGAUCAGGAUCAGGACUGGGAUCAGGAUUGGGAUCAGGAUUGGGAUCAGGAUUGGGAUCAGGAUUGGAUCAGGAUCAGGACUGGGAUCUCUGGCUCCUCGCCCGUCGCUGCUCUUGGACUGACCCAGCCACGCUCCCCUCGACUGCUGCCCUGCUCAAAGCCAUGGCUGCCCAGGAUUCCCACCCCGCUGGAAUUCCCAGGAGGAUUCCCACCCCACUGGAAUUCCCAGGAGGAUUCCCACCCCGCUGGAAUUCCCAGAAGAGUUCCCACCCCACUGGAAUUCCCAGAAGAGUUCC